ACGGCUCCCGGCGCCCCGGGUGUGGAAGGGAGAGGGGUGGUGUGGAGAGAGGCUGCUCCGGCCCCAGCCACCCCCGGGGGUGCGGAGGCCGUCUGACUGCAUCGGGAUCGUCCUCUGUUGCAGAAUAAGAGAAGCUGUCUGAAAGCACCACUUGGACCCCCUACAUUUGAAGAGUUAGGAUGGGAAACAGUGCAUUAAAAGCCCACCUGGAAACAGCACAGAAGACCGGUGUGUUCCAACUGACGGGAAAGGGACUCACAGAGUUUCCUGAAGAGCUGCAGAAGCUGACGAGCAACUUAAGGACAAUAGAUUUGUCGAACAACAAAAUAGAGCUUUUGCCACCACUCAUUGGAAAAUUUUCUUUAUUGAAGAGCCUUGUUCUAAACAACAACAAACUGACUGCCCUACCUGAGGAGCUGUGUAAACUGAAAAAACUGGAAACACUGCACUUGAAUGGCAAUCACUUGAAGCAGCUACCAGCUGCAUUUGGACAACUUGCAGCUCUCAAAACCUUGAAUCUUUCUGGGAACCAGCUUCGGACUGUGCCUACACAACUCUGUGGUCUUCGCCACUUGGACGUGGUAGAUCUUUCCAAAAACCAGAUCCAGAAUGUACCCGACAGUGUGGGAGAACUGCAGGCCAUUGAACUCAAUUUGAAUCAGAACCAGAUUUCCCAGAUCUCAGUGCAGAUCUCGCACUGUCCACGCCUCAAAGUCUUGCGUUUAGAAGAAAAUUGUCUAGAACUUAGCAUGCUUCCUCAGAGUAUCCUCAGUGAUUCCCAGAUCUCACUGCUUGCAGUCGAAGGCAACCUCUUUGAAAUCAAGAAACUCAGAGAACUGGAUGGUUAUGACAAGUACAUGGAACGGUUUACAGCUACAAAGAAGAAGUUUGCUUGAUUUUGUUCUGGUUGUGUGUAUCCCUGGUAAGAAGAGUUAGUGACUGAGUCACCUGCUUCACUGACGUGAACCAAGACUGAUAAAGGAGAUUAGAGUAUCCCCUCUAUUAGUUGUAUACAGUUGGUAAGACCAUAUUGAAUAAACUGGAGCUAGAGAGCACAGGUAUUGUACUGAUGAACCUGCCUAGGGGCCAGUUUUCUUUUUGAGCCACUAUAGCUUUUAACACAGUAUGCAUUCUCUCUUGUCAGGGCUCAUUCUUCCAUAGAGAAGGGGAAAAAAUAUUUCAGAUUUGCCAGUUUCCCUUUGCCAGGAAGCUGUCAGUUGAUUUCUAAGAGAAUUAUUUCUGGAAUCGUCUUUCCAUGAUAGUACAUGGAAGUUUUUCUUUCAAAGCAGAUUCAAAAUGUUGUAUAUUCUGCAGUAAGCACUCUUCUACAGAUAUGUUUUUGUUCUUAAUUUAUAGAAUUUUUUUUUUAAUGAAGCACAGAUCAUUAGAGUUAAAUUAAUUUUUAUUAACUGCCUCUAGUAAACAAAUAAUGAUUUGAGCAUUCUUCAUUCAUACUUUUCUUGAUGGACUUUUCCCAUAAGCAAGAAUUGCACUACAGUCCUCUACUGCUUGAGCUGUGUCAAAUAAAAAUGAAGAUAACCUUCAGUGUAUUCAGUAAAAACGUAUACUGUAUCUAUGCACCGACUCCUACGGAAAGUCUUAGCUGUCUCCCUACUGCUGCUGCCUUACUACCAAGAGCACCUAGAAAGAACUGAAGAUGUAUGCAAUUAUUUAACUUAUACUAAAAAGGAAAGUGUGCUUGUUUAUUUGAUUUUUUUGAAAACAAUUUACUAAUUUCAAGCUUAUUUGCUGUACCUGCUGCUGUCACUUAGUAGUACUAAGCUGUCACUACAAAUCACCACUUCAGAUACACGGUUUCAUCAGUUGCUCAUAGCAGUUGUACUUCAAGCCUUUGAGAAAGGAGAGAAGUCAAGUAAGUCAACACUUAUGUAGAAAUUAAGCUAACGUGCUCAGAACAGUGAAAUAGGAACUGUACUAGGUGCGUUUCUUAGAACAUGGAUGCACCUCUUCCUAAUGAAAUGGUCUUCCAGUCUCACUGCAUUUAUUAACUGUUGUUCUUAUAUAUAACCUUUCAUACUUGUGGUAAGAAAGGCAUUUAGACAUUCAACUCCUUGAAGUUGCAGGUGUAAGAAUUACGUGUAGUCAACAUGUUAUGCCAUCUGCAACUAAGGAAAACAAAGUGACCUCUGUGCCAAUGUUCUUCUUCAAUAUACUACUAAUCUUAAUUAUAAUUAAAUGUUUAUUUUAUAAGAUGCUUAGGAAUAUUGAGUUCCCUGGUCCUGUUGUAGUCUUAUUUCAUUCUUACAUUGCAAUACUUACUACAGCAUUUCAGGGAACAUCAAUUAAUUAUUUAAAGGAUGGGUUUGAUCCAUCAUCAAAUUAAACAGGUGUAAUUACCUCCAAGUUCCCCAGACUAUGCAUAAAGAUUGCAAUGGUAGACUUAGAGAAUUCUAUAAUAUGCAAGGACAGGUGUCUUCUUACUUUUUUAAUUACUAAACACUACUGUUUACCACCAGUAAAGCAAGUAUGUACUUGAUUAAUUACUUCUGAGCACGCUUGUUAUUUCAAGUGUUACCACUCCACUGUAAUACUUGUCAAACUGCUCUCAGGUCUAAGAGUAGUUGAUGAAGGACAAAGUUUCACUCCAGAGAUUAACUGCAUUGAAGAGUCCAGAGCCAGCCAGGUUUUCACAUUCCAGGGUCUUAUCUAUCCUUUUGAUCUCAAAUAGAGAAGUUCUCUCAGGGGAGUCAUCAGAAAGAGGUUCCAUUUUGAAUAGGUAGCAAGUUACUUUUGCUUGGUAGGGAUACAACUACCUGCUGUUGCUAGAUUUUUUCUCACAUAGAAUGGCCACAGAUUAAGAUUUUUUUUUUUUUUUUUUUUUGCUUUCCCUAAGCUUCCCCCUGCCCUUUUAAUCAAUAAGCAAAAACAGUACCAUUCUCUGAUCAAUUUCUACUUUUUCCAGAGGGAGACUUAUUCUUACAGUUUGUUUUUAUAGUUUUAAGAGGAACCUCAGAUGUCCCAGGUACCUAGAUGCAUAUCAAGGAUGGUACGGAUUCCUGGGCUAGUAGUUCCUUGCCUGGCAGACAUCUUCUGUUGGUAUUUCUGCUAUUAUAACCAGGUUGCCAACACUAGGGAACCAGUAGACACUUGAGGACUCCCCGAUUCCAGGUGCUAUCUCAUACAAGAAAUAGCUGACAGGACAGUGUUUACUGUACUACUUUGUUUCGCAUGUCAAAACAAUUGCAAGGCCAGAUAAUCAGAAACACAUUCCUCUAUAUUAAUACAGUGAAUAGGUUAUGCAUGAAGCUUGUUUCAAGUUCAGCUCCUUUCCCUUGAUACCUGAAGGCCAAUUUGAAGUAGUAGCUUUCUUCCUACAGACUUGCAGUGCUUGAGACACUGACAGACUAAACCGCCCUCAUUUUAGCACACUUUCCAAUGCAUGGGACAGGAGCAACUGACCUAAUGGGAAUAGUACAAUGGGAUAAUUUAUCAUCAGUAUCAUGCACUUUGCAAUAUUAUGCUGCUGGUUUGUGGGUGUUUUCUAAAACUGAAAAUACUUGUGCUCAGGUGUGCUGCUCCUCUUAAAUGUAGGGUUUAUCUUUGAAUAGACAAAGAAUGCUGAUAUGUAUGCAAGAACAGACAAACUAAUAGGUAUGAGGAAACAGAACAGCAGCAGAAUGGUUGAAAAAGCAGCAGUUGGCAUGUCAUUAAAAAAAAAAUCUCACUGGUUUUGGAGAUAUUUGCAAUAGUAAGUUGCAUUUCUGUUGUUUAUGUGAUUGCCGGUACAUUUAGAAACCUUCCAGUUACUCAUGGGCUAGGCUCUUUUGCUACAUUGGAGUUACAGCAGCUACCAGAAGUUUCAUAAAGCAAAGGGGAGACACCAUGAAAAAUACUAGCUGCUUCUGAGUUAGUCUUGCACUAUCCAAAUCUGUACCAAAGCAGAAGGGGAUUUGUUUGGAGAAAAAAAAUAAAUUCCAUGUUCUGUUCUGGGUCACAGUAAUAAAUGCAUUCAAGCACA